AUGAAAUGUCUUUAGACACUAAAGAUAUUCUGUGAGGCCUAAUGGAGCAAACUAAGAUACCCACCCGGUGGAUGCCACAGGGAGACUGAAGCCAGCUCAGCAUAAGGAUAAAUUUAUCCAAAGACUCUCUCAGGAAAUGGCGGGUGAUAGUGCUGCUGAUGUUGCUACUGUUAACGGACUGGGGCCAUGCUGAAGUACCAAGAGGCCAGGAUGGAGGAGACCAGGUCUUUGUGAAAGAAGACAAUGGACCCAGCUCACUGCAGCAUGCCCAGACCCCUGGGUCCCUCUUGCGCUCCCUGCUCCAGGCCAUGGAGAGACCUGGCCGGAGUCCAGCCUUCCUGUUUCAGCCCCAGAGGUUUGGCAGAAAUACCUGGGGACCCUGGAGCAACGAGCAACUGAAUCCCCGUGCUGGAGAGUUCUGGAGCCUGGCUGCCCCUCAGCGCUUUGGGAAAAAAUAAGUGUCAUCCCUUGAUGUGUUUGCAUGCAAGGCCCAAAGUGCCAUGUGUCCCCCCAAAUAAAGUGGUUUGGCUUCUGAA